AUGCCGGACUCCUCAUCUACUACAGAUAAUUUUGAUUCACUGAAACGUAAAAAGAGCGAUGAUGAGCAAGCUUCCGCCGUCGCUACAGCUUCGAGCUUGAACGCUUCACUAGAUGCUGGUUCGAGUGAUUCAACAGACUCCGAUAACAAUCCGCCGAAGAAGAAAAAAACUGACAAGGAAAACAGUCUCACUAAGAAUACCAAGCCGUCUGCACCAUGGCCUGAUACUUUCAAACGCUUAGUGCAAAUUCACCGUGCCCUGAACAUCGUGUAUACAUUUUGUCAGGCACGUAAACACUUUGCAACCACGUUUAACAACCUCAAGAAAUCGGUGCAGGCCCAACUCGGCCCAAAUCGAGAAUUUACAGUUGAAGAUGUGGCACGAAUGAAGGUUUUGAUUCCAUGGGCUGUACGCUUCGAAUAUGUGGACGAAGCAAGUCUCGACGUAAUGACUGAUGAUGACGGUUUAACCAAACAACGAGUUGCAUGGACUGCAGAGGAGUUGACAAGUGGCAACGCGGCAUGGAAUCAUGACUCGGGUAGUGGGACACAUGUCCUUCUGUUCGAAUUCGUGGGCGGAGAUCUCAAGCGAGAAGUAGUUGAUCCAAAGACUGGAGAGCCAUUGAAUGCUUACCGUCGGUUGAGAUAUGAGGACCUGAAAAUGCCCGUUUACAGUCAACAACAGAUGUCCAAGCUGAUCGACAAGCGCAAUGCGAAGUUUUCAGACGCCGUUGAUGCAUUUUUAGUUCGCUGUAAAGAUCAGGGCGUCGACCCGUGGAUGGAAUUGGAGCAUGAGAAAGAGGCUUUUCUGCCUAAGAUUCCUGAACCUGAAACAAUUGCCAAUAAAGGGAAAGCACCGCCGACAAUUCCCAGGGAGCGCAAGUCCGUUGCAGAAAUCAUUGAGGAAAUUCGCGCGAUGGAUUGGUACCAUUCCCAGAUUGUGCCGGACGGUCAUCGAGUUCUCCCCGCUAAAACACCCGUUUAUGAUGAUUUAACAUUUCUGCUAUCACAGGACCUGGUCAAUGCCCUAUACAACUCUAGAGGCAUUACUGAACUUUACUCUCAUCAAGCGGAAGCGAUCAAUUACCUGUACGAAGGCCACAAUGUGAUUGUGUCUACCUCCACAAGCUCUGGGAAAUCGCUCAUCUAUCAAAUCCCGAUGCUGCACGAACUCGAGCAGGAUUCUGAGAGCAGGGGUCUCUACAUUUUCCCCACCAAAGCCUUAGCCCAAGACCAAAAGCGCAGCAUGAUGGAUCUUCUACAAUACAUGAAUGGUCUGCAGCACAGCAUGGUUGAGACAUUCGACGGUGAUACCCCCAUGGAAAGUCGAAACCACAUCCGAGAUCAGGCACGAAUCAUUUUCACCAACCCGGACAUGCUACACAUUACCAUCUUGCCCCAAGAAAGCUCCUGGCGGACUUUUCUGAGAAAUUUGAAGUUUGUGGUCGUCGAUGAACUUCAUGUCUACAAUGGCCUAUUUGGUUCCCACGUCGCCUUUGUGAUGCGACGUCUUCGAAGACUUUGCUUUGCCUUGGGGAACCACCAUAUCAAGUUCAUAUCCUGCUCUGCUACUGUAGCGAACCCCGAAGAGCAUAUGAAGUCGAUAUUUGGCAUCGAUGAUGUGAAGUUGAUUGAUUUCGAUGGCUCUCCUUCCGGCCGAAAAGAAUUCUUAUGUUGGAACACUCCAUUCAAAGACCCCACCGAUCCAUCUUCUGGCCGUGGUGACAGCAUUGCUGAAGCCGCACGACUAUUCUGCCAACUUAUCCUCCGCGGAGUGCGUGCAAUUGCCUUCUGCCGGAUCAGAAAAAUAUGUGAGAUUCUUCUGCAGGCUGUACGGAGCGAAUUAAAAGCUCUCAAUCACCCUGAAAUUGGUAAUAUGAUCAUGGGCUACCGAGGUGGUUACAGUCCUCAAGACCGACGUCGAAUCGAGAAGGAAAUGUUCGAAGGGCAAUUGUUGGGAAUUGUGGCUACGAAUGCUUUGGAGCUGGGUGUUGAUAUUGGGUCUUUAGACGCAGUCAUCACUCUUGGCUUUCCAUAUUCAAUCUCUAAUCUUCGCCAGCAAAGCGGCAGAGCCGGGCGGCGCAACAAGGAUUCCCUUUCUGUGCUAGUGGGAGAUAGAUACCCAACGGAUCAACACUACAUGCGGAACCCAGACGAGAUCUUUACCAAGCCGAACUGUGAGCUCCAAAUUGAUCUGGAAAACGAGCUCAUAUUGGAAGGGCAUGUACAAUGUGCAGCUAACGAGAUGGCCAUUCGACCAGAUAGAGACUACAUCUACUUUGGCAAGCAACUAUUUGCGCUCGCUGCAACCCGCCUGGUUGAGGAUAACUUGGGUUUCUUCCAUUGCCAUAAUAGAUUUCAUCCCAGUCCGUCCAAAUGCGUCGCAAUUCGCGACUCCGAAGAUCAGAAAUUCGCCGUCAUUGACGCAACCAACAAUCGAAACAUAGUGCUAGAGGAAGUAGAAGCCUCACGCGCAUUCUUCACAAUCUACGAAGGCGGCAUCUUCCUUCACCAAGGUCAGAGCUACCUAGUCCAAGAAUUGAACACAGAACGUUACUUUGCGCGAGUAGUGCGCGUGCAAGUCGAAUGGAGCACGAUGCAACGCGAUUUCACAAACAUCGAUCCCAUCGAACUCGAGUUCAUGCACGCCGUCGGUGUAGAUGAAUCUCGAGCCUUUUGGGGAUCUAUUCAGAUUCACUCUGUCGUCUACGGCUUCUUCAAGAUCGACAAGCGCGGCGCUAUCCUUGACGCCGUCGAAGUCAAUAACCCACCCAUCACCCGCCUGACCAAGGGAAUGUGGCUCGAUGUCCCAACCUCCGCCUUGAAUAUCCUGAAGUCUCACAAUCUCAACAUUGCCGCGGCAAUUCACUCAGCCGAACACGCAGUGCUAUCUCUCCUACCAACGUUCGUGAUCUCAUCGCCCGGCGACGUCUGCACAGAAUGCAAAGUAGCCAAGAAAGAACUCGGGCGCCGACUCAGUGCCGCCAACAACCUCUCAGCCAGUGAGCGGGCGAAUCCGGCAAAACUACUCCAGCCACCCUCCCGCCAACGCCCAGCUCGUCUGACAUUCUACGAUGCAAAGGGCGGAGCCUGUGGUUCUGGAAUCGCAAAAAAGGCAUUUGAGUUCAUAGAACUACUUCUUCGUCGUGCCGUAGCGCGCAUUGACGAUUGUCCAUGUGUUAAUCCGCAGGGAUGUGUGGAGUGUGUAUGCGAUGAUCGGUGCAAGGAGUCGAAUUUGGUGAUGAGCAAAGCUGGCGCGGGCGUUAUCUUACGAUGCAUUCUUGGAUGGGAUGUUGACGUGGAUAACUUGCCGUGGGGUGAGGAGGUCAACGUCGAAAAUGGGGGUGAACUGGUAGGUGGAUUGGAGACAAUCGUUCCAGCCGAGCGUGUCCCAUGGAAGACUGAGGAAUCCUGGGGAACCCUAGGAAAAGAAGCCGACGAGUGGAACUAUUUGAAAGAAUCGUUGCGGAUUGGGUUUGUCCCAUGGAAGACUGGGGAUGAAUCCUGGCGAAACCUAAGAAACUGGGCUGACCAGUGA